UGGCCGCUCAGUCGGCUCACAUUCCCCCCGAGCGUCCUGCGUAACUAUGCCGCUGCUGGUGUUAAAUUCGUAAGAGGUUCCAAUAGAGAAUAGAACAAUGCCUCACGUAAAGACCCUGCAAACCUGUGGAUCGAGGAUCCUUUUUACAGGUCCAGAUGGAAUUGGAGACUACAGGGCAAGACUGAUUGACUUUCCCAGAUACAUUGGUAUUGGUCCUUUGUCACCAGAGGGUACAAGCGAUUUGAGUUACCUUUGCCGGCCCGCUCUCUGCAACCUGCCCCCCAUGCCCAAACACUGCUUCACUGGAGAGGUGGGAUGGGGACUGCAGUAUCACCAGCACCUGAACAGACAGACACUGCACAGCAAUAUGCAAAUUAAGAAAGCAGAGUUCCGCUCAGCCCUGGAGGACAGAGUGACCCAGAGAUACCAAAACCCAUGGCACGCACCGCCCCACUUUCCAGACAAGCAAUCUGUCCAGGUCUAUGACAAACCUCAAUGGACAUGCAAGGUCGACCGGAACAGCCAAGAUAACAACAAACUGUUCCUUCUCAACAAGAGAUAUAAUUUGGCUCAGAAAAAACCUGACUGUGCUGCACAUAUGAGUAGCAGACAUUUCCCUGCAAUUGUUCAGGUGAAGAACAGAAAAUGAUUUGGUGAUUUUCAGCAUCGUCCAGGAGGCCAGAACAAUUACAACAUGAACAUCACCUUGUUCUCUAAUCUACUGUAUAUAAUGCAAAUCUAACAAGCAUGCUGCCCACCAGAAUUCAAUUUCAUGAUAUAUUUCACUGAAACAAUUUGAUUGUACAGAAUGCAGUGUACUGUGCCUUUUGUAUUUGAAAUUAAACAAUUACAGUUACAGUUCAAAUUACCUUAAGAUUAAAGACAAUACUUAUUAUCAGCUUUUAUUUGAGGGUAUUUUAAGACAUUUUGGUUUCACGAGUCAGAAACUUACAACACUUCUUAUACAUAGUACCCCUAUUUUAGGCACAGACAUUAUUUAAACAAUUGGCUUUGCAAGUGUUUUUGGUUUUUAGGGUUUGCGUUUGCCUUUGGAGGACCUAACGGAUGAAACUAAAAGUCAAGGAAGCUGUUAUAAGCCUGCAAAAUCAUUCUGAGACAGCCAUUAGCAGAAGUUUACCAAAAGAUAAGAAGAGGCUACACUGUAAGCUGCAAAGUGCCAGUUAGCUUUGAAAACAGGGUGGCCAGGUCCCACUGCCUGUGAGUCUGCAGAGUUUCAAGGUAUUGAAAGAUGAGACAAAUUAUUUAACAUCUAACAGAGUGUUGACAGGAUGGUUUGGUGAAAAGAAAGCUUGAUAUUUAUGAAAUAUGACCAAAGGGCAUGAAGACUGGACACAGGCUCUUCAUUGAUUGUGGAACUGCUGACAGCAGCAGCACAAUUUAUUCUGGUGUACAGAAACAUCUUGUCUGCUAAAAUGCAAGAAUAUUUUAAAUAAUUGGAUAGUGCUUAGCAGCAAAACAAUAAACCAAACAUACUACCAUAGCAACUAUGUUUUUUAGGCCAAAAAGCAAGACGUUCACAUCCUGAUUUAAAUCCAAUUGAACAUGACUUUCAUUUGAUGAAGAUCAGCAACUGAAGAUGGUUACAGUAUAGGCCUGGUAGAGCAUCACCAAAAGAUACCCAGUGUCUGGUGAGGUCUGAGGGUUGUAGACUGCAGGCCAUUAUUGCAUGCAACAGACAUUUGACAAAAUACUAAAUGUAUUUGCUUAAUAUGGAAAUCAUAUUAUUUUGUCCCACAUCCUUGAAAACGUGUAGUCGAUUUUAAAUGGGGAAUAUGUCAUGUACAUAGAUAACCUUAAGCUCAUAGUAAUUAUUUGAUUUCAAAUUCAAUCUUUUGGAGUAUCCAGUCUAAAGAAGACAAAAUACACUGUCCCAAUACUUGUGGAGGGUUUUGUUUGAACUCUCAAAAGUUUUGUCUAGCAUGAUAUAACUUUAGUAAAAGCACUCAAAGAUUAUAUCUGUUCUGAUAGUUUUACAUUGGGAACUUGGAAAAUAAAACGGUAAUUCAUCAAGGAGGACUCAGACAGCACUAUUGGAUACCAAAGGUCAAGAUCCCA